CUCCUUCCCUCCCUCCCUCGCUCUCUGAUGGCUUUAUGGGAGUUCCUCACACUGAGCCUCCACUGCUGGGUCGCAGCUGCCGUCAGCACCCCUGAGCAGCAGGCCCAGGGGCCACUUGACUGGCUUCUCUCGGAUAAGGGCCCCUUUCACCACUCCCAGGACUACACCGACUUUGUGGAGAGGAGUCGACAGGGGUUCACCACUAGAUACAAGAUCUACAGAGAAUUUGGAAGGUGGAAAGUGAAUAACUUGGCUGUGGAGAGAAGAGAUUUUUUGGAUUCUCCGUUACCCGCCACCCCGGAAUUCAUUCGGAAUAUACGACUGCUGGGACGGAGACCAAGCAUUCAGCUCAUUACUGACAACCUGAUCAAGAAAUAUGGAACACAUUUCCUACUUUCAGCUACACUGGGAGGAGAAGAAGCCUUAACCAUAUUUGUUGACAAGGGGAAACUGAGCAAGAAAACUGAUGCAAGCGACUACUCCACCAACACCUCUUCAGUAACAUUGGAAACACUGCACCAGCUGGCAGCCUCCUACUUCAUUGAUAGGGAGAGCACACUGCAUAAACUACACCAUCUUCAGAUAGCCUCUUCUGCAAUCAAGGUAACAGAAACCAGAACUGGUCCUCUUGGAUGCAGUAACUAUGACAACCUUGAUUCUGUUAGUUCCGUCCUGGUUCAGAGUCCUGAGAACAAAGUUCACUUGCAAGGUCUGCAGGUCAUUUUGCCUGAAUACCUGAGAGAUCGAUUUGUGCAAGCUGCACUCAGUUACAUUGCCUGUAACAGUGAGGGCGGUUUUGUCUGCAAAAAUAACGACUGCUGGUGCCAGUGUGAUCCUAAGUUCCCAGAGUGCAACUGCCCUUACAUGGAUAUUCAGGCGAUGGAGGAAAGCUUACUUCGGAUCACGGAGACAUGGAGCAGUCUUUACAAAGAAUUUGAGGAUUCAGAUGAGUUCAAAAUGUUCCUGACAAGACUUCCACAAAAUUACUUCCUGAACGUUUCAACCAUACAGCACCUGUGGUCAAUGGACAGCGUGUUCCAGCGGCGCUAUGAGCAGCUGGAGAACAGCAUGAAAGGACUCUUGCGGAGAGCUAAGAGAGUAGUGUACAAGCUCUUCAGUCUGAGUAAGAGGUGUCAGAAACAGCCACACAUUACCCUACCGAGGGAAAGGCCACAGAUAUACUGGUUAAAUUACUUCCAGUCCCUACUGUACUGUUCAGAGAACAACCAGCUGGGUUCAUUCUCCGAGGAGAUGCACACCUGCAUCUGUGCAUUCGACCAGACCUCCUGCCAGCUGCCCAUGCCGUGCUUUAUAGGGGAGGGGCAAGCAUGUGCUGCUUGUGCUGCAGACAACCGUUCCCGCUGUGGCAGCUGCAACCCCGGGUACAUGCUGAGCCAAGGCAUCUGCAAGCCCAUGGUGGCAGACUCUACCGAAAACUACCUGGGGUUUGAAACAGACCUCCAGGAUCUUGAGCUGAGGUACCUCCUGCAGAGAGCAGACAGGCGGCUUGAAGUCCAUGCCAUCUUUAUCAGCAAUGACAUGCGCCUUAACAGCUGGUUUGACCCCUCCUGGAGAAAACGUAUGCUUCUCACUCUGAAGAGCAACAAGUACAAGUCCAACCUUGUGCACAUGCUACUCGGCAUUUCCAUACAGAUUUGCCUGACUAAGAACAGCACACUGGAGCCUGCCCUAACUCUGUACAUUAACCCUUUUGGUGGCAGUCACUCAGAGAGCUGGUAUAUACCUGCAAAUGAGAACAGUUUCCCUAACUGGAAACCAGUUAAACUUGACCUCCCCCUUGAGUGCUUCAACUGGACAUUAACCCUGGGAAACAAGUGGAAAACAUUUUUCGAAACCAUUCACAUCUAUUUAAGGAGCCGCAUCAAAACUCAAGGGGCCAACGGGAACGACAGUGUAUAUUAUGAGCCGCUGGAGCUCAUGGACCCCUCCAGAAAUUUGGGCUACAUGAAAAUCAAUAGCAUCCAAGUUUUUGGAUACAGUAUGCACUUUGACCCAGAAGCAAUUCGAGAUCUUAUCCUACAGCUGGACUAUCCCUACACCCAGGGCUCCCAAGAUUCUGCACUGCUGCAGUUGCUUGAGAUCCGUGAUCGUGUGAACCAGCUGUCGCCUCCAGGUAAACAGCGCUUGGACCUCUUUGCGUGCCUGCUUCGGCACAGGCUGAAACUAACAGCCAGCGAAGUGGCAAGGAUCCACGCAUCUCUGCAGACGUUCAGUGCUCGGCUGCCUAACUCGUUGGAUUAUGAAACCACCAGACUGUGUAGUUAACAGCUAUAGAGCAGAUUUCAAGUGGACGAAGUUAUGUAUACUGAGCUGGUAAAGGGACUCGUGUUACGCGUGAGCAGUGUAAACAGUUGAAAUGAAUUCAAAUGCCCCAAGGCUUGUUCAAUCAUAUUUGCAAGUGCCACCUGUUUUGCAAAU